GGAGAGAGAGAGAGAGAGAGAAAACAGUAGCAGAAUCUGAGUGAGAAAGAACAAAAAAAACCGUCUCUCUUCGCCAUUUUCAGAGACGAUGUGAAGAGAGCAAGCACUGGUCCACGCCUCGAUCCGAAGAAAGAAGAACCUCUCUUCGGUCUCCUUCAAAGUCACUGCACAAACCAACAAAUUACUUUAGAAAAAACAAACGAAAAAAAAAAAACGGUCUUGAUUAUCAGAGAGAAAGGGGAAUAAAUAUAUAUAAAAAAAAGAUUUCUUCUUCUUGCGAGGAAAAUCAAUGGCUGUGGUUGAGAAUGCUGGGGCGGAAUUGGGGAGGAACACAGUGGGCUCGGCCGCACCGAAUCGCACCCCGGAGGUGGCUCCACCGUCUGCGCAGGAGCAAUCUAACGGUGGUGGUGGUGGUGGUCCGAGUCCGACCAACGAUCAGGAUCAGCCCAAGCAAGUACGACACCGUAUUGAUCCUCCGAGUCCGACCUUGAACAACAACAAUGCUCCGAUUCUCAGACCACACGAUCAAAGCCUCUACCAGAAGACGACGGCGGCUGCUGCGGCGGCGCAGCUCGGGUUCGAUCAUGCUGCGAAGAUCGGGGCCCAGAAUAUCCCGGUGGGACCGGCGGUGCAGCGAUCCAACGGCGGGGAUUUGCAGAUGAACGGAGAUCAUCAUCAUCAUCAUAAUCAUCAAUAUCACCACCAUCACCAUGACCAGGAGAGCUUCAACCGGGACAUGAGGGAGCUGAGGGAGCUCUUCUCGAAGCUCAACCCCAUGGCCGAGGAGUUCGUGCCUCCUUCGCUUUCCAACAACAACGGCUACGGGUUAAACGCUGCGUUUAGCAACAACUUCGCGCUUUUGCAGAACAACAAUGGGAACAGAAAUGGAAACAUUAACGGCUUCGCUGCUCGGAGGAGGAACAACCAAGGGAAGCGCCGGAUGAAUAGCCGGACAAGCAUGGCUCAGAGAGAGGAUAGAAUUCGAAAGACUGUCUAUGUUUCUGACAUUGAUCAACAGGUCACUGAAGAACAGCUUGCGGCUCUUUUUGUUACUUGCGGACAGGUUGUUGACUGCCGAAUUUGUGGCGAUCCUAAUUCAGUACUUCGUUUUGCCUUUAUUGAGUUCACUGACGAAGAAGGUGCAAGGGCUGCUUUGAGUCUGGCAGGGACAAUGCUCGGAUUUUACCCUGUUAGGGUGUUGCCCUCUAAGACAGCUAUUGCACCAGUUAACCCGACGUUCUUGCCAAGGAAUGAUGAUGAGCGUGAGAUGUGUGCAAGAACUAUAUACUGUACAAACAUUGACAAAAAGGUUACUCAAGCUGAUGUUAAACUCUUUUUUGAAUCAGUCUGUGGAGAGGUUUAUCGUCUGCGGCUACUGGGGGACUUUCACCAUUCUACUCGCAUUGCGUUUGUUGAGUUUGUAAUGGCUGAAAGUGCGAUCGCUGCUCUCAACUGUAGUGGUGUGGUUUUGGGGUCGUUGCCGAUAAGGGUAAGCCCGUCGAAGACGCCUGUUCGGCCUCGUGCACCUCGUCUUCCCAUGCAUUAAAUUAUCACGAGCUCCCACACCUUUCCAGACUGCUUUUUUUCCCCCCCAGAACAAGUAACAGCACAAUACACCCAUGUAAAGAUGUUUCUGAUGUCUCUGGUCAGUCUGUCAUGAUAUAUCAUAUAAUAUAUAUAUAUAUAUAUAUAUACCUGUCCUCCGCUUCCCUGCUUGGGAUCUUUAUAUUAUAUCAUAGGGGUUAUGUUAUUCUAGAAUUAUAGAGUUGGACGGAACAUCGAGGCUUUGGAAGAUUACGUGUACUUGAAUUGGGAUUUUUCCCAAGAUUAAAACACUUUCAGCAGUUUCUGACAUGAUUAUGCUUAGAAUGGUAUCUUUUUUUACUUUAAUGAAGUGGGUCCUUUCUUUU